GACCAUGCGCGGAAUGUCCAUAGCUGCACUCAAGCUCACAGCUCAAGAUGUCAAUUCAUAUUGAUUUUGAAGAGCUGCACGCGGGAUUUGCUUGUUCACUGGCGGUCCGGCAGGUGACGACGGAUGCAGCAUCAGGAAGCGUUCGGGUGCAUGCUGCGACGUCCGGACCAAACUUUCACAACUCCACACAAGCUUCAAACAGACGACUGACCAGACCUCCAGCUCGCCUUGAGAAGCCUGGCGGCUCGACCGGCGAGCGGUGUGAUACGAGGUCGUGCACGAUUUGAUAAUCGCAGGUCCCACAACAGGUCAAGGGACUGCCAGCAAUGUCUCUGUGCUCGCUUUUAUGCAGCUUCAUCCCACAGCGAAAUCCUGUAUGACACCAAAGAGCCAUGGCAUUCUUCUACUGCGGCAUCAUGGCAGAGGAUACAUGGAUACAUGCGUGGCCAAGGAGAUGCUGCACAGUCAAAACUGAGGAAAGGUCGCUUUUCUGCAUACGAGAGAAAAGAAUACUGUGCACAUGAAGCAAAAAGUUCCCACGAAAUCAAAGACGGAAGAAUGUCGAAGAGAUGCAUGCAGUCCAAUGUCACAGGCUCGUCCGUGCCGGGAUUGACACAUCCUGAUGGCGAUU